CAGGACUGGGCUCCACCCACACCGACUCGCCCAGCUGUUGUUGUCAGAUAAACAUGUUUUUCUCAUUCGGCCAGAAGCGAAAUAAUUUGUUGGAUCAAGAGCUUUCAAAUCAGAAGCAAAACGGAUAAAUUAAUCCGAUCGUCUCCUCAACACACCGAGCUGAAAUGGCCUCAGCGGUGGCCUCGGCACCCAGGGCCACUCACUUGACCACCAAGGUGGAGCUGACUAUCUCAUGUGAAAACCUGAUGGACAUGGACGUCCUCUCCAAGUCGGACCCUCUGUGCGCCCUUUACAUCAACGCUUCAGGCUCCCACUGGUACGAGUUUGGUCGCACAGAGAUGAUCCUGAACUGCCUGAACCCAAAGUUUGCCAGGAAGUUUGUCAUUGACUACAACUUCGAGAUGGUGCAGAGGCUGAGGUUUUGCGUGUAUGACAUCGACAAUAGUACCUAUGACCUGAGUGAUGAUGAUUUCUUAGGGGAGCUGGAAUGUACCCUUGGUCAGAUAGUUUCCAACAGGCAGAUGACCCGACCGUUGCUGCUGAAGGACAGGAGACCGGCAGGCAUUGGGACCAUAACUAUCUGUGCUGAAGAAAUAACAGACACAAGAGUAGCAAACUUUGAAGUGUCAGCCCGCAGGCUUGACAAAAAGUUUCUUUGGUGGUCCGAUCCCUUCUUGGAAUUCUACAAGCAGAUGGAAACAGGAUGGCAGCUGGCUCACAGGACAGAGCAGGUUGUUUACAACAACAUGAACCCAGUAUGGAGACCUUUCCGCAUUUCACUGCGAGCUCUCUGUGGGGGAGAUGUGGAAAAACCAAUAAAGGUUGAUUGCUAUGACCAUCAUGUGAGCGGCUCGCAUGACCUUAUUGGGAGCUUUAGAGCCUCACUAGCAGAGAUGUUAGCAGGAACGCAUCUUUCACCAGCUGAAUUUGAAUGCAUUAACUCCAAAAAGCUGAAAAACAAAAAAUAUAAAAACUCUGGGGUUAUCUGCAUAAAACGCUGCCAGGUGGAGAAUGAAUAUAGCUUCUUGGAUUAUAUAAUGGGAGGAUGUCAGAUCAACUUUACUAUUGCCAUUGAUUUUACAGGCUCUAACGGGGAUCCCAUGUCCCCUCAGUCCCUCCACUAUAUCAACCCUGAGGGCUACAAUGAAUACCUGACAGCUAUCUGGGCUGUGGGUAACGUCAUCCAAGACUAUGACAGUACUAAGAUGUUUCCAGUGUUUGGAUUUGGAGCCCAGAUCCCUCCAUCAUGGCAGGUUUCUCAUGAGUUUCCUAUUAACUUCAAUCCAACAAAUCCCUUCUGUGCAGGGAUAGAGGGAGUGGUGCAGGCCUACCGGCAGUGUCUGCCUAACCUGAAGCUGUGGGGUCCUACCAACUUCUCUCCAAUAAUCAACCAUGUGGCCUGCUUUGCCAGACAAGCUCUCCAGCAGAACAUGGCAUCACACUACUUUGUGCUGCUCAUCCUGACAGACGGAGUGAUCACAGACAUGGACCGGACGCGUGCAGCGAUCGUGGAGGCCUCUCGUCUGCCCAUGUCCAUCAUCAUAGUGGGCGUUGGUGGUGCAGACUUCAGUGCGAUGGAGUUCCUUGACAGCGACGACAGACUGCUGCUUUCCCCCACGGGGGAGGCUGCCGCCAGAGACAUUGUGCAGUUUGUGCCUUUCAGAUAUUUACACGGAAAUAGUGUGACCCUUGCCCAAAGUGUCCUGGCAGAGCUUCCUGAUCAAGUGUCGUCCUUCUUCAAUUCCUACAAGCUAAAACCACCAAACGUCUUCAGUGUGCCAUCCCAAUCAGAAGGGUUAAUUUAACCGUCUUGUUUGGAAAUCGCCUGCCUGCAUCUCCUCCUGUCUUUUUUUAUUCAUUUAGCAUGGAACAGUGCAAAGAAAAACACAAUACCUACCUCUCUGACUGAAAUGUCCUUUAAUGUACUAAAUCAGACCUGUCACAACGGAAUUUAUAAUCCAAGCACUGUUGUGAUAUUUGCAAGCGUUCACAAUAACUGAGUCACAAUAUGUUUUGUUGUAUCAAUGCUUGCAGGGUUCUGUGAAUAAAUGCAUGAUAAUAUUGCAAAACUUGGAGGUUGUUGAGCUGAGGAACUGUAAUGUAUUUGUGUAUUGCAUCUGGAUAUCAUGUCUUAUAUAAGAAAAACUCACAGUAGCAGAAGUGUUAAGUCUGAGUGUUGUGCUCCAAGAAUGUAACAAGAAGUGUUGUGCAUUCUGCCAUUUUGAAGUGAAUUAAGUUUAUGAAAUUUAAUGUGCAGCUGUGCUCUGUUUGGACCGAUAGCGUUAGAACUCUGUAGGACUGAGAUCUGAAAAGAGCCCUUAGAUCUUCUAGCCAGACGCUCUUAGUGCAGCCGAUGGCCAAAUUAAAGGAUUUUGAUGACUCCCUGUCUCUGGAACAAGCUGCCCCUUGAGAUUCGUAAUGCUGAGUUUGUACAGUCUUUUAAAUCGCUCCUGAAAACUCACUUUUUUAUAUCAGAGCAGUUAGGUUGUGAUGUUUCUAUAUUUUAUCUUUUUAUCCUAUUUGAAUUGUAUAUGUCGGUUUUCUUGGUUUUGGUCUUGUUUGUUGUUACCUUUAUAUGUGAAGAACUUUGGUCAACAUUAAGUGUUGUUGUGCUAUAUAAAUGUGCUAUAUAAAGGAAAUUGACAUUCAUGA